AUGAAAAAUUUUUUAGGAGUUCUAGAAAGAGGGAGGAGGUGUAUUUAUAGCGGGGGAAAGGAUAGAAAUCGUUGUCGGCCAUACUAUGCCUAACGCACCAGAUCCCAUCCGAACUCUGAAGUUAAGCGGCAUAAGGCGAGGUUAGUACUUGGGUGGGGGACCGCCAGGGAAGCCCUCGUGCUGACAGCUAAACUUUUGUUUUGAAGAUCUUUAUUUUAA